UUACAAUUUUUAGCACGAGGAAUUUGUAUAUUCUUAUUUUCAGGUUUUUGUUGUUUUAAUAAUUUACCAAGAUGUACCCCGUUGGCCAACCUCCAGCGGGGGAGACGAGUGCUGGUGCAGUGGGUGUGUCGGGAGCUGUUAGUGCAGCAGCGGGCACUACAAGUGCAGCACCAGGAGUGCCCAGCACCGCCCCGGUCACUGGCACGUCUCCAGCUGGAGUCACGAGCGGAACGGGCGGCAUGUCGCUCGUGUCACCCGCGGCUCCCCCGCCGCCCGACCUGCCCGUGCUCACAUGCCCGCGACGACCCAACCUGGGUCAUGAAGGAAGGCCAAUCAUGCUUCGUGCUAAUCAUUUUCAAAUAACCAUGCCGAGAGGAUUUGUACAUCAUUAUGAUGUCAAUAUACAGCCCGAUAAGUGUCCUAGAAAGGUAAAUAGAGAAAUUGUUGAAACUAUGGUACACUGUUAUAAUAAGAUAUUUGGUGCUUUGAAGCCAGUCUUUGAUGGGAGAAACAAUUUAUAUACAAGAGAUCCUUUGCCUAUUGGCAAUGAUAGAGUGGAAUUAGAAGUUAUAUUACCUGGUGAAGGAAAAGACAGAGUUUUUCGAGUUACAAUAAAAUGGGUCGCUCAAGUGUCAUUAUUUGCUUUGGAAGAAGCGUUGGAGGGUCGUACAAGGCAGAUUCCCUAUGAUGCCAUUCUAGCAUUGGACGUUGUUAUGAGACAUCUGCCUUCAAUGAUGUACACUCCAGUAGGACGUUCAUUCUUUUCAUCGCCAGAAGGGUAUUACCAUCCACUCGGUGGUGGAAGGGAAGUUUGGUUUGGUUUCCAUCAGUCUGUGAGACCGAGCCAAUGGAAAAUGAUGCUUAAUAUAGAUGUAUCCGCUACUGCUUUUUACAAAGCACAGCCUGUUAUAGAAUUUAUGUGUGAAGUGUUAGAUAUAAGGGACAUUAAUGAACAGAGAAAGCCGUUGACUGACUCACAGAGAGUGAAAUUUACCAAAGAAAUAAAAGGACUUAAAAUUGAAAUUACCCAUUGUGGUACUAUGAAGAGAAAAUAUAGAGUAUGUAAUGUUACUCGCAGACCUGCACAAAUGCAGUCGUUUCCUUUACAAUUGGACAAUGGACAAACAGUAGAAUGUACUGUAGCUAAAUACUUUUUGGACAAGUAUAAAAUGAAACUCAGAUACCCUCAUUUGCCGUGUCUUCAAGUGGGACAAGAGCACAAACACACAUAUUUACCCUUAGAAGUUUGUAAUAUUGUUCCUGGACAGAGGUGUAUCAAGAAAUUAACUGAUAUGCAAACUUCAACCAUGAUAAAAGCAACUGCUCGCUCUGCCCCUGACAGGGAGCGCGAGAUCAACAACCUGGUGCGGCGCGCCAACUUCAAUACAGACCUGUACGUGAAGGAGUUCGGGCUCACCAUCUCCAACAACAUGAUGGAGGUGCGCGGCCGCGUGCUGCCGCCGCCCAAGCUGCAGUACGGCGGCCGCGUCUCGUCGCUCGGCGGACAGCAAGCUCUACCAAACCAGGGAGUAUGGGACAUGCGUGGCAAGCAGUUUUUCAUGGGCGUUGAGAUUAGAGUGUGGGCCAUCGCAUGCUUCGCGCCGCAGAGGACCGUCAGAGAAGACGCACUUAAAAACUUCACUCAACAAUUGCAGAAGAUAUCCAACGACGCAGGCAUGCCAAUCAUCGGCCAGCCAUGUUUUUGCAAGUAUGCGACUGGACCCGAUCAAGUUGAACCUAUGUUCAAGUACCUCAAAUCCACGUUUGUGCAACUACAACUUGUCGUUGUUGUUCUUCCCGGGAAAACGCCUGUUUAUGCUGAAGUGAAAAGAGUGGGUGACACGGUACUGGGCAUGGCGACACAGUGCGUGCAGGCGAAGAACGUCAACAAGACGUCGCCGCAGACGCUCAGCAACCUGUGCCUCAAGAUCAACGUGAAGCUCGGUGGGAUCAACUCUAUACUGGUGCCGUCGUUGAGACCCAAGGUGUUCAACGAGCCCGUGAUCUUCCUGGGCGUAGACGUGACCCACCCGCCGGCCGGCGACAACAAGAAGCCGUCCAUCGCGGCUGUCGUGGGCUCCAUGGACGCGCACCCCUCGCGCUACGCCGCCACCGUACGUGUGCAGCAGCACAGACAGGAGAUCGUGCACGAGAUGAGCAGCAUGGUACAGGAGCUGCUGAUCAUGUUCUACAAGAGCACGGGAGGGUUCAAGCCGCACCGCAUCAUCAUGUACCGCGACGGCAUCUCUGAGGGGCAGUUCAUACACGUCCUGCAGCACGAGCUCACCGCCGUGAGGGAGGCUUGCAUUAAGCUCGAGGCGGAGUACAAGCCGGGCAUCACGUUCAUUGUGGUGCAGAAGCGGCACCACACGCGGCUCUUCUGCGCCGACAAGAAGGAGCAGUCGGGCAAGUCGGGCAACAUCCCCGCCGGCACCACCGUGGACCUCGGCAUCACGCACCCCACCGAGUUCGACUUCUACUUGUGCAGUCACCAGGGCAUUCAGGGCACGUCGCGGCCGUCGCACUACCACGUGCUGUGGGACGACAACCACUUCGGCUCGGACGAGCUGCAGUGCCUCACGUACCAGCUGUGCCACACGUACGUGCGCUGCACGCGCUCCGUGUCCAUCCCCGCGCCCGCCUACUACGCGCACCUCGUGGCCUUCCGCGCGCGCUACCACCUGGUGGAGAAGGAGCACGACUCGGGCGAGGGCAGCCACCAGUCCGCCUGCAGCGAGGACCGCACGCCCGGCGCCAUGGCGCGCGCCAUCACCGUGCACGCCGUCACCAAGAAGGUCAUGUACUUCGCCUAGGCGAAGCUAGGGCCCACUGCCCUCUGCGACCUAGCGGUUCGCUGUGAACGCGUCAAAACGUUCGUAUUCGCGCGAGUCUUUAGUCUUCACCGUGCGUCGAAUUUUAUUAUUAUCUUUAUUUGCUUCGAUCUCAUUAAGCAUUCGACCGUCGUAGCGUUCGGGUUCUCGUUUUGCGAUGCCAGUCGAGGGCUAUAAAUAAAAGUUACGUGACAACUCAUUUUUAAUUCGAGUCAAUUAGCAUUAUCACUAUGUAAUAAAAUAUCACUGUCGUAUAGUUUUAACGUUCUUAUAAGCGUUUUUAUGUAUGCAAUAGAAUUUGAUUUAAUUUCGAACAAUUAAAAAUUGUAUAAUUAUGGAAGAUUUAUUAAAUCAAACUUUAUAAAAAAUACUAAAAAUAAUAUUUGUCUCUACUUAGCUUUACCGAAAAACAUGCGAAAAUAUAAUUCGAUUAGGAAUGCUUAAGUCGAUCGAUUUAAUUUUAUUAAUAUAUUUGAAAAUGGUUUAACUUCAAAAGUUUUAUUUUUAAAUAUUAUUUUAAUAAAUGGAAGACUAAAUGACAUUAUAGAAUCUGUAACCAAAUAAAUAAAAAAUGGAACAAUAAUA